AUGGAUGGCUUUGGUAAGAUGGUCGAUGAUGACGGCACCAUUUUCUACGAGACCGAAAAUGGCGAAUUACUACUUGAGAUCAUCCGACUGGACGAUGUUGGUGUUCUGGCCCGCUACCUGGAGACGAACGCGGCCCUUGGUCCUCGCGACGUACAGAUGGAUGACCCUUUCUGGAAUGCCGUUUUCUACGGAAGUACGAAUGUCCUCUGCGCGCUCCUGCAGCACUGGGAUGCUACCCAGCCUUCGAUUGGUACAGACAUGCCUGCACCUGACAGACGGGGCUUCGGGCUGCUGCAGACGGCCUGCGAGUUUUCGCACAUUGAGACUGUUCGCUUCCUGCUUAAUGGCCCGUGGAGUUCUGCGUAUGGGGAUAUUCAUGCGAGAGAUUGCCGAGGUUCCACAGCGCUCCUGGCCGCAGCUGGGGCCUUUUUUGGCCCUGGAUUCAUCCCUUCAAGGUCAAUGACCGGCAAGCAAGAUAGUCAUGGCUCGAUGCGGAGCCAUCUCGUCCACGCUGAGGAAGUCAUGCAACUGCUUCUUGACCGUGACGCUCGCGUCGGAGACGGGAUAAUCACACGAGACGGGUUGCAGGAAACGGUACUCAGCCGUGCCAUCACCGGAGCAAGUUCCGCACUGGUGAAACGCCUCAUCGACCAAGGAGCCGAUGCGUAUGCCAAGACGACAUACGAUUUCUUCGACGGCAGCCUUUAUGGGGGAUUUGGACCUGAUACCAUCACUCGGGAUGUAAGUCCGCUUCACAUGGGCAGCCUGUACUUCAACACCGCGGGUGUACGAGUCCUGCUCAACCAUGCGCGAGCCACAGGAGGUGUCGACAUGGUCAAGGUUCCAGAUAGUCACGGCCGCCUUCCUCUCCACUGGGCAGCUUGGGGCCUGAACGAGUCGGACGAGCUCUACGGCCUUAAGGCUGAUGAGAUCGUGCCGCACGUCACCGCUACCAUCGAGCUGCUCAUGGCGGCGGCCCCUAGCACCGUGAACGCGCAAGAUGAUCGAGGGGACACGCCUCUGCACUACGCCGUGCGGAGACACGGGCGCUGUGGUGAUAGGCAUGUGGCGAUCCUACGGACCUUGUGCGAGCACGGCGCAGACGCCGGUCUUGGUGGCCGUAAUGGGGAGACUCCACUGCACGGCCUCGGGUUCCGCUUUCGGGACGGCGAGCCCAUCGAAGCAAGGCUGAUAGACCUGCUCCUCGAGCACGGUGCGAGCGUGGGCGAUGCAGACGACGACGGCAACACGCCUCUGCACUUCGCGGCCAAGCACCUGGCGCAUGUUGAGGCAGCACAACAUCUGCUCAGCAGGGGCGCCGAUGUGAGUGUUCAAAAUAGUCAGGGAAACACGCCGCUGCAUGAAGCAGCGCUUGGGUUCUAUUCUGGUCCAUUGGGCGGGUCACAGCCCCGGGAGAGGAAGCUCACACUGGAGAACCGAGUAAGGGCGCAGGACGAGAUGAUGAGAGUUCUCCUGCAUAGUUUUUCUGAAACCAAGGCGAAUGCUUUAAUGAAUCAGACCAAUGCAGACUACGAGACGCCUCGACAGAUCUGCCAGGAACGGAGGCGCAAGUGGCGGGACGAGGAGAUAACUCACAAGCCCUUAGCCAUGGGACGGGGUAGGAGAAGAGGAUGA